GCCCGUAACUCCGCCCCCGACGCCGCUCCACAGGGCGCGUGGGGCCGGACCAGAGGCUCGCUGAUGGACUUGGUAGUCGGCCGCGGAGCAGCAUGCAGGCGUCGCAGAAUAGCAACCAAGCCGAGCCGGGCUGGUACGUCUCUGCCCAGCAGCCGGAGGAGGCGGCGGCUGCGGAAGAGUGGAGCCCGUUGCUAAGCAACGAACCUCACAGACAGCAAUCUCCGGGUGUUUCAUUUGGUUUCUCCGUCUUUAAUGUGAUGAACGCCAUCAUGGGGAGUGGCAUCCUUGGAUUAGCGUAUGUGAUGGCUAAUACCGGUAUCCUUGGAUUUAGUUUCUUGCUGCUGUUAGUUUCGUCCCUGGCCUCUUACUCAGUCCACCUCCUGCUUUGUAUGUGCAUUCAGACAGCGGUGACGUCUUACGAGGAUCUUGGGCUCUUUGCAUUUGGAUUAACUGGAAAGGUGGUGGUGGCAGGCACCAUAAUAAUUCAGAAUAUUGGAGCUAUGUCUUCUUAUCUUUUAAUUAUUAAAACAGAGCUUCCUGCUGCUAUUUCAGAAUUUUUGCCUGGAGACCACAGUGGGUCUUGGUAUCUCGACGGGCAGACACUCCUGCUCAUCAUCUGUGUCGGCAUUGUGUUCCCUCUGUCGCUGCUUCCCAAAAUAGGCUUUCUUGGCUACACAAGCAGUUUAUCAUUUUUCUUUAUGGUGUUCUUUGCCCUUGUGAUAGUAAUUAAAAAAUGGUCCAUCCCUUGUCCUCUGACCUUAAAUUGCAUCGAUGGAGUGUUCCAGAUUUCAGAUGCUGCAGAUGACUGUAAACCAAAGCUCUUUCAUUUCUCCAAAGAGAGUGUUUAUGCCAUACCAACCAUGGCUUUUUCAUUUCUCUGCCAUACCUCAAUAUUGCCCAUAUACUGUGAGCUUCAAAGCCCCUCAAAGAAAAGGAUGCAGAAUGUAACCAAUACAGCAAUUGCUUUAAGCUUCCUGGUUUACUUUGUGUCUGCACUCUUCGGAUACCUCACUUUCUAUGACAAAGUGGAGUCAGAAUUGCUACAAGGUUAUAGUAAAUACUUGCCACAUGAUGUUGUUGUCAUGGCUGUGAAGUUAUGCAUACUGUUUGCCGUGCUUUUGACAGUCCCUCUAAUCCACUUCCCUGCCAGAAAAGCUUUAAUGAUGCUACUUUUCUCAAAUUUUCCAUUUUCAUGGAUCCGGCAUUCUUUGACCACGUUAGCACUCAACAUUGUCAUUGUUUUACUUGCAAUAUAUGUUCCUGACAUUAGGAAUGUGUUUGGUGUAGUUGGUGCCAGCACAUCAACGUGUUUGAUUUUUGUGUUCCCAGGGCUGUUUUAUCUGAAACUUAGCAGAGAGGAUUUUCUCUGGAAAAAGCUUGGGGCCUUGCUCCUGCUCGUUACUGGUGCCUUGGUUGGGAGCUUCAGUUUAGCACUCAUCAUUUUUGACUGGGUCAACAGUGGAAAAAAAUUUUUUCUAUUAUAAAAAAUAACUUACCUCUAUAAGCAAGAAGGAAUCAUUCGGGAAGGCAUUGGAUACGAAAAUCACACUCAGGAAAAUUAUUACCAGAAAAGCAAGACAGAGCAGCGGGAAUUUAGUCAAUUUAUUUUUAAACAAAAAUUAGAAAUAUUCAAAAUGUUGUUCUUAAUGUUGAGUCACUCUUUUGUAUGGGAAUUUUAUUUUAUUUCGUUUUUGAGACAGGAUCUCACUGUAUUGAUGAGGCCGGCCUUGAACUCAUAGCAUCUGCCUGCUACCACGUUACAAGUGCUGGCAUUAAAGGUGUGUGCCAGCAUCCUGGCACAUGCCUGCCAGCAUCCUGGCACAUACCUGCCAUUUGUGACUUUUAAAAAAAUAAAUAGCGCCAGGCGGUGGUGGCGCACGCCUU